AUGCAAGGUCUACCUGAUUUUGACCUCACACUGAACCCACAUGCGGGAGUAGAUGAUUGGCAAUAUGAAAUGCGACGUGAGAUUCAAGAGAUUAUUCCCGGAGUGUUUUUAGGUCCCUUUUCAGCCUGUAGAAGAAUCGAUCAACUAAAGGAAAAAGGAAUUACACACAUCAUGUGCUUUAUUGAUCAGGCAGAAGCAAGACUAUUCAAGACAGAUACCCUGAUACAACAUUUUGAAUUUCAACAGUAUAUUGUGAAUGAUACCAUCCUGCAAAACUUGAUUCAGCAUUUUCCCAAUGUUUUCAAACAGAUCAACAGAGUUCUUGACUUGGGUGGAAAGGUUGUACUGUGUUGCAAUGGCGGUAUGUCUCGAAGUCCUGCUUUUGUGAUUGCUUAUCUUAUGGAAAAAUACAACCUGGACGCCAAUCAAGCUUAUCACUGUGUACAGGCCAGACGGCUCUGUAUCAAUCCUAAUGAUGGAUUCAAGUGUCAGCUCAAGGAAUAUGAGCCAAUAUUUAGGGCACGUCGUGGAGCACCAUCCACUGAUGGUGAUAGUAGGCGAAGGAGAAGAUCAAGAGGCGAAGAAAAUGAUGAUAUAUUCAAACACACACAUGGUGUGGAUCCCAAACGAUAUCUCCGUGAUCAAAUUCACGAAGAACAGGGAACCAACGCCAUGUCAUCAGAAUAUAGUUCAAUGACAAUGUAA